UACCUGUUGUAGUACUCUUGUACAGAUAAUGGACACGGACCCCUCAAAUUUCCCUUCUCUUUCUCCUCGCUCGCCUUUCCUCUGACGACAGACUAAUCCCUGAGCUUCCAUUAAUAAGUAUCACCCUUUUUCGUAAACUUUUGGUUCAAACCACCUUCCCUGAAAAAGCCCUCAUCUUUUUCUACUUUCCUGCUUUUUUUCUCUGACUCGAGGGCAGUAAUCUCUGCGAUCACUCCGUCACUGCAUUGGAAUUUUCCCUCUUCUUCCUCUACCUAGUAAGAUCCCUACUAAAAGGCUACCUCCUCCUCGACACCAACGCAAAUCAUGAGCCAUUCAUGAUAUAAUCACAGUUCAUCCCCUUCUUCAACUGCUUCCUCUUGCUGUCAUUGAUAGAUCCAUCUUUCACAACCCUCUUUCUUUCCCUUUUUCUUUUAUACUUUGUCAAGCCACUGCUUCUGUAGUAGACCCAAAUCUCUACCAUGUUCACUACAUCGCAUCCGGUAAUUCGAAGCUUGACAAGUUUGCCAGACCUGUCCUUAAACAUAAGCCCCCCAUGUAUCUCGGACUUUGAAGCCAAAGAGGUUCCCAGCAAAACACUGCACAACGAUAUAUGCUCAACCUCUGAUUCUGGUAGCAGUGCUGGAAGUGACUUGAGCCAUGAGAAUAGCUUUCUUCACCUUCGCCAUCCUGAGCCGAAGUUGAGCCUAGGUUUAGAGACCCCAGAUUUGAAUCCCCAUCAUCUUUUGCUCUCAAGAAACGCUAACCAUCACUUCCACAACCAUCAACCCCGCAUUUGUGCCCAGAGCUUUAAACGAAAUGCAAGAGUCAUUAAUGGUGUGAAAAGAAGCGUUAGAGCUCCUAGAAUGAGGUGGACCACAACUCUCCACGCUCAGUUUGUUCGUGCUGUUCAGCUCCUUGGUGGUCAUGAAAGGGCUACGCCAAAGUCGGUAUUAGAGUUAAUGAACGUUAAAGAUCUAACCUUAGCCCACGUCAAGAGUCACUUGCAGAUGUAUAGAACAGUGAAGAGCACGGACAAAGGGACAGGUCAUGGGCAGAGAGAUAUGGUUUGAGCCAAAGGGCAGAGAACAAUGCGGAUGUGCAUGGAGCUUCAGCCCGUGAGGAUGCCCGUUUAUUACCACAAUCGCUCCAGAAAUCCCUCAGAGCAUCGUGCCAAUCGUCAAUGGAGACAAAUAAAAAUGACAACAGACAAAAGCCCCAAAUUGAUUUGACUCAUUCUCGUGAUCUCAAGGCAAAGGAAACAAAGGUGGAUGGAGGUAGUAGAGGGCUGUGGAAUUGCGUGAAGGAGAGGUCGGAUUGUAGCAAUUUGUCACGUUCGGAUAUGAAGCUUGACCUGGAAUUCACACUCGGAAGACCCAGUUGGCAAACAGACCCUUAGUCUAACACUGACCAGGCCGAAUCUUCAACGGAGUUACAUUCCCAAGUGGCCGCCACCAGCUAACCCUGCUAGCCCCUUUCCCAGUCAUGAACGUACUUACAUGAUAUGGAUAUGUAUAAUUAAUGCAGCUAGCCAGCCAAGAGUGGGGCCCGUGAAUUUAACAGUAAUGAUAAUAAUAUUCUCGAUUUUGUUCCCUUCCAUGAUAGGUCUUUCUGAGUUUUCUGGAUGGAAAAAAGCGGAGGAGGAAAGAGAUAAGAUUUUGCUACGAAACAUAUGCUUCAGUCCAAGAACUUGAGGACAUGGUCUUUGAUGUCAUUAUCGGGGGCAGUGGAAGAUUCAAUGAUUUUAUAAUGGUUCUUUCAGGCCA